AACCCUGUACUUUAGUCACAGCUGAGUUUGAUAUCCUGUCAGCUUGAGUCUGUGUGUUUCCUCUCACCUGGUUACAGGUGCAUGGCAACCUCUCCUGACGUAGACACACACACACAUGCUAGACUCCCUCCCUCCUGUUUGCUGCCACUGACAGAUCCACCUACACCGGCAGUGGGAAAAGUCUCAGAUAUAAAGGCUGAUACAUGGACUAGGGGUCUUCACGAUGCAGACGGUCAAAACGGUGGAUGUGGUUGACUGCUCCUUUCUCUUCUGCUUUUCCAAGCACAACAGGGCAGCAGUCCAGAUCAAGGAGGACAUGAAGAGGAUGGUGCAGUUGCCCAUGAUCAAACCCUCUCCGGCCACCGACACAGGGGGGAAGAAGAUCUUCGGCGUGUCCCUGCUGGAGUUGAGAAAUCUGGGACUCGUCAAGGAUGGGGUUCCUGUGGUGGUCCGGUGUAUGGUGGAGUAUCUGGAAAAGCAUGGACUUCGUCUGGAGGGUCUGUUUAGAGUAAACGGCAGCGUUCGGACUGUGGAUAACCUGCGGCAGAGGUUUGAUGCUGGAGAAGAGGUGGAUUUACAUCAGGAUGCAGACGCCUUUGCAGUAGCCAGUUUACUGAAGCAGUUCUUGAGGGAUCUACCUGUAGGUCUCAUCCAUCCCUCCAUCCACAAUCCUCUCAUUCAGCUGUACCAGGAAUCCAGUGAGGAUGACUUCUGUAAGGACCUGCGUGAGCUUCUUCUCCAGCUGCCAGAUAUCCACUACAGUCUCUUGCAUUACUUAUGUCACUUCCUGUCCCAGGUGGAACAGGAACACACUCAUAACCGCAUGACUGCCACCAACCUAGCCACAGUGUUUGGGCCCAACGUCUUCCAUGUGUCAUCUGGUUUUGACGGGAUACGGGAGCAGAAUAUCUGUAACAACAUUAUGGCCAAGCUGAUCCAGAACUACAGCGCCAUCUUUGAGUCUGUGGUGGAGACAAGACAGACUGAAGAAAAACCUUCAAACCUUAUCAUGGUCAAAGAGGCCAACACAAACACGGAAAACACAGAGACGUCACCUUUCACUCCUGUUCCUAAGGUACAUGCUCCACAUGUGAAAAAGAUGAAGGUCACACAAUGCACUCCAGUUGAAAAUGCAGAUUAUUCAGGAGAAAAGGAGUCAAGUCCAGACAACCCUACACCGACACCAAGAAAAAAGAAGGUCACUCAAUGCACUCCAGCUGACAAUAUAGACACGUCAAGAAAAAGUGAGUCUAGUCCAGACAAUCCUAUACCAACACCACGAAAAAAGAAGGUGAAGAAGAUAAAGACAGAGGCUGUGCCAAAAUCUUUUCCUCAACCGGCUCCCUCCGGUGAUCCCGUCUCCAGGCCUUUGCCCCAUCUUCCAGACAGAGGCUCUUGUGCAAGAGCUCAGUUUUCUCCACACUUUCCGGACCGGAGCAUCAGCUCAAGUGUUGACGGCAUGAACCUGAGCCCUCAAACCAUAAGCCCUGCCAGAUCCACGGAGACCUUCAACAGCCUCCAAGAAGAUGAAAGACCAAUAUCUCCUUUCUAUAUUAGCUCACAGAUCUCUCCUGGACACUGCAGACCUGAAUUAACCAAUUUUCUGGAGAGGACCAUUCGCUCAGCGGUCGAGCAACACCUCUUUAACUCGCACAUGCACACAGGUCAGAGUUCAGAGGGCUUGGGUCCGACUUCUCCAGUGACGACAGCCCGAGAGAGGAGGAGACAUCUGCGAGAACAGGAGGAGAACUUCAGGGCCGAGGGUGAUAAAGAGAACGUCCCGUCUCCGGGUGUGAGGGUCACAGAGGAGGGUGACAGACAUCUGCUGCUGCCGCCACACGAGGCUCAGAGAAACAGGAAGCCCAAACAUAGUCCCACACUGACCGAGCAUUUAGACAACCAGGACGCCCCCACCCCAAUGGAAUGCCAAGGACCUGACAGAAAUGGUAUGGGAAAUAUGGCGUCAGCUGAUGACAGGAGGAACCAUCAAAAGGACAAUGGUUCGCAUUCUAUUAAUACGCCUGCCAUGAAGAUCCAGGAGGCUCUUAGUGGCGCAGAGCCGUGCGACGAUGUCCCUCGACUGGACCUGUCCACUCUGACGGACGAUAGUAACUGGGCAGAUUCUCACUUCUUUAGUGCCCCUUUCCUUGACUUUAAAAGCCUUUUAAAAUCAAGUCACAAUGAGGAACCAGUCCCGGCUUACUCGUCGUGGCAAAGGGAGAGUAUGGACCGUGAGGAAGCUCGACUGUCGCCCCACGCCGGUGGCAAGCUCAUUCGCCAACUUCUGGAGGAGGACAGUGACCCAAUGGUUUCACCGCGGUUCUACAAUUAUGGAGAUGGUCAGCAGUAUCUGGACGACACUGAGGUUCCUCCAUCUCCACCCAAUGCCCACUCUUUUGUGAGGAGAAGAAGCUCAUCAUUAGGCUCCUGCGACGACGACCGGGAAGAGCUCACUUCAGCCCAGCUUUCUAAACGAAUCCACAUACUCAAGAAGAAGAUCAAGAGGUUUGAGGAGAAGUUUGAGGAGGAGCGUAAAUACAGGCCUUCACACAGCGACAAAGCUGCCAAUCCAGAGGUUCUACGAUGGAUGAAUGAACUUGCCAGGAUGCGCAAGGACUUAAAAGAUCACAAGUUGUUAAAGUCAGAAGAGGAUUUGACACCCAUCCCCCGCCAGCGCAGCAACACUCUUCCCAAAAGCUUUGGAUCUCAGCUGGAGAAGAAACCCACUGAGACCAAAGCGCCCAAACCCCCUGUGGAGAGCACGCUAGAGGCAGUCAUGAGCAAACUGCAGGAGAAACGCAAGGAGGCUGGCCGACCUGAAGACAUCAAGGACAUGACCCGUGAGCAAAUAGGAGCAGAAAAAGUGGCCCUUCAGAAAGCGCUUUUAUAUUACGAGAACAUCCAUGGAAGACCAAUCACCAAGAACGAGAGGCAGGUCAUGAAGCCUCUAUACGACCGCUACCGACUCAUCAAACAGAUCCUCUGCAGAGCAUCUGCCAUUCCAGUCAUUGGCUCGCCUUCCAGCAAGCGCAGAGGCCCCCUGCUGCAGCCCAUUAUCGAGGGUGUACCAGCCCUAUUCUUCAGCGACACCAAGGAGGAGGAGGACGGCUCGGACGACGACAGCGACACCAGGACGCAGUUCACGGUCACGGUUAAGCCAGACCUGAGCAUGCUGGGACUUCUCGACCAACUGGAUGAGGAUACAGAUGGAUUCAUCUCACCUGUUGAUGAACUAUCGCCCUCCAAGAACACGACAGACAUGAGAUUGUCCAAUUUGCAUGCUGCUACGAUGCAGGAACUUGUGGAGCAACUCCAGGAAGCCCGUGAAGAAAAGAAAAGAAUCCGCAAAAACCUCCGUGAUUUUGAGGAUCAGUUCUUCAAACAGAACGGCAGAAACGUGCAAAAGGAAGAUCGCUCGCCGUUGGCUGGAGAAUAUAAUGAAUACAAGCACAUUAAAGCCAAGCUGAGGCUGCUGGAAGUGCUCAUCAGUAAAAGAGACUCCUCUAAGUUCAUCUAGGAUUUAUUCUACAAGCCAAACAAGGACCAGCCACUGCUAUCCAAAGCAAUAUAGUGUGUACAAAGACACGUUGCUAUUUCUUAUUGACUCAACACAGGCACAUUUGGCUUUGAAGGAUGCCAAGUCGCGCCUGGUUCACCAGAUGUACAGUGCUGUUUGUUCCACUGUACAGCUAAAAGGACUUGUGUUCUGCUUUGGACUUACGCUGUGAGGCCGAGGAUUUCAGAAUACAAUCAGAUUAUUUGUGAAUCUCUGAUCUUAAUUCCCUUGGAAGCCCAGAAGAAUGUUCCUGUUAUAUUUUGUGUUGUAUUAUACGACAGGUUGUAUCGAUUUGUAGAUUUUUUUUUCUAUAUUAACAUUGCCGUAAUAUAGAAAGAACUGUGUUUUCGCAAUCAGACAUAAGCUUUGAAGAACAUUGAGAUAAUGCGUCUUAAAUCGUCUGUGUAUAUACUUAGAGAUGAGGAGAGUGUAUCAUUAUAGGAACUUUUCAUAUUUGAUGAAUCGAAGAAGGUAACCGAUUUGUGGAAGGAAGGCUCUCUGUAUAUUAUUUUUUUCUUAUUUGCUGGUGCCAUAAUCUUUAUUUUGAAUAUUAAUGCUUAAAAUUUCUUCCCCCCCCAACAAGACCAUUGACUAAGCUAGAAUUUACUUAUUUUCUUUACAAAAGGAAAAAGUGCAAAUGAACAACUGCAAGAUAAACGUGUUGCCAUUUUCUAAUGGUGUAGAAGCGCACAAACAAAGGUACUAUAAUCCUUUCAUUAUUUUUGUAGUGUUUUUUUGUACUCCAGUGUCUAACUGGUCAUCAAAUCACUGUUUAACAGUGAUAUGGGUGGAUUGAAUCCCCUCAAAACGUCUCUAUUGUUAGCGAGCAAUAGAAAGCAAAACUGUGGGGUCUCACUGAGCGUUUACGCUUCGUGAACGCAGAUAUAAAGAGUGAGCACAUCACCCUCUUCUUUUAUUCUCCAGAUUGGAAAAUUGUAGUGCGACCUUUGUUUUUACUGAACGUGACAAGGCUGAUGGAAAAAGAUGAAUACCGUGUGUACAUUUUAGUACAUGAUUGUAUUUGUAUUUUGUAUAUAUGAUAUAAAACCACAAACUAUUUUUUCUGAA